UAAUUAUUAUCCCCUCAGUCCCUCCUUCGCAGCCAUCGCCGCCCAUUCCCCUCAGUUCUAAUAACUACUCAACUAAACCCAUCCUCUCUGUCUAAAUCCUCCUAAAAUUUUACCCAGCCCAGAAUCCCAGAUCGAGCUGAUAUCUUCGUCGGCAAGUGAUCGGAGGUUUCUGUCUCUGUUUUUGUUGGGUAUCGCAAGUGAACUGAAUUUCUGGUCUAGUAGCAAGUUAGAAGAGCAUUUCUGUGGAAAGCACUGAUUUUCCGUCGACUUCUCAGAUUUUCCGUUAAUUCUCUGCUUCCUCAAACGAGAAAAGGCUCAAGCUGACUCUGUCACUCCUAACUCCUCCGCCGCUGCCGCCGCUGCCGCCGCUGCCGCACCCUUCUCUCAAAAGCUUAGAAAAAAACGGCCAUUUCAGUCAAUGGCUUCCGUUGCAGCAAAUCCCUCCUCCAUUAAACAAUCUGUGUUUCUAUCUCCAUCCUCUUUUCUCAGCUUCCAAACCAGCCCAUUUAAAGGAAGCCAAUCUUUCAUCCAAUUCAAAACCCCAGUUGAUAACAAAACUUCCCUAUCGAUUAGGACGGUGUGGUGUUCGCAAAAAUCCAGCGUGGCCCAUGUCAUCAACAAUGAUGCUCCGAAAAAGCCUACUGGAAAUCCCAUUAUUGUAAUUGAUAAUUAUGAUAGCUUCACUUACAAUCUUUGCCAGUAUUUGGGAGAGCUCGGGUGUAAAAUGGAGGUUUACCGGAAUGAUGAGCUGACGGUGGAGGAAUUAAAGAAGAAAAAUCCAAGGGGGAUUUUGAUAUCUCCAGGACCUGGAGAACCUCAAGAUUCAGGAAUAUCAUUGCAAACAGUAUUGGAACUGGGGCCAAAUGUACCAUUAUUUGGCGUGUGUAUGGGGCUGCAGUGUAUUGGGGAGGCUUUUGGAGGGAAAAUCGUGCGCUCACCUUUUGGUGUGAUGCAUGGAAAAAGUUCUCUUGUGUACCAUAAUGAGGGUGAAGAAGAGGGUUUGUUAGCCGGCUUAUCCAACCCUUUUACUGCUGGUAGAUACCACAGCCUUGUGAUUGACAAGGAAAGUUUUCCUAGUGACAAACUUGAGAUAACUGCUUGGACGGAAGAUGGACUCAUUAUGGCUGCUCGUCACAAAAUAUAUAAGCAUCUCCAGGGAGUGCAGUUCCACCCAGAGAGCAUCAUAACAGAUGAAGGCAAAACAAUAGUUCGUAAUUUCAUCAAGAUGAUUGAGAGAAAGGAAGCUGAAUCUGAGGAAUGAACAGUUAUAAUUAAUCUUGUCAAAGCAUCAUGUUCAGGGAAUUCAUAAAUUCUCAAGACUAGAUAUUGCAAUUUAUUUGUUUGUUUUCUAUUGGAAUAGAAUUUAAAAAACCUCACUGGGCUCUCCUUCUCUUUUAACAGUGUGUGGAUAUAGAAUUGCUGCUGCAUACUUUUCUACAAGGCUAAAACGCCUUAUGUAAUAUUGUUAGGACUCUUUUUUCUGUUUUUUUUUUAUGUUGUGUAUAUAGAAAAUGGCAAUUGUUUUUCAA